GACUACUACUGACAAAUGGGCGACGAUGAAGAAAAAGUGCCUUGACGUCAUGAAUCUGGCUUAUGAAAAGGGUAACGAUACGGAUAUCUUGGCGACCAAUAUACUCUUCAACAUAGUACCUCGGAUAGCAAGAAAACGUGACACAUAUAUGAUUGAAGACACCUUUGUUUACUUAUAUCUUGAUUCAUUGUUGGAUGACUUGUUUUCUACCGAAGAAGUCUUUUAUCAAUCAUGGGCGAACUCUUCUCUGGAAUCAUCAACACAAAUGAAACCUGACUGGCUCAAUUAUAUCAGACCCUGGCACAUGAAGAUUGACAUCACCGCCUGUGAAGUGAAGCCCCCAUCAAAGCAAAGAAAUGGUGAACAUUCUGACUUUGUGAAGCUUGGGCUGGAAAUGCGUGGGAUGUUAAACAAGAUGCUGGAUAUCAUUGAAGUCGAAGACGCAAUGGUAUUUGGAAUUCUGGUUGAAGGCUAUCAUAUAACGACAUAUGCAAUGGAUUUGAAGGCUCAAGUAUACCACAUGAUUCAACUUGGAAGCUGCAAUCUCAUGUCCCAUCAAUCUGAUCUUGGUGCGUUCCCUGCCCUCUUUCAUUGUCUCUUACAAGUCAAAACUCUUGCUGUCAUUGUUGCCAACAGAAUCAAAGUUGCUCAAAUUGAAAGGGCAAAAGGAAAAAGGAGAAACUCUGCUGGGCCUACUUGGUGA